UCAUAAUUCUGUGAUUUUCACCAAACUCUGUUGCAAUGCAAGUGAGUGUGAUGUGAUAAAUUCAGCAUUAUGACGUCACUUCGUGAUCAUCAACAGAAGAUGGGGGAGAAGAAGUGGGUGACAGUUGGCGACACAUCCCUAAGGAUUUACAAAUGGGUGCCAGUAACAGAGCCUAAAGUCGAUGAUAAAAAUAAGAAUAAGAAAAAAGGCAAAGAUGAAAAAUGUGGCUCUGAAGUGACCACUCCAGAGAACAGCUCCUCUCCAGGGAUGAUGGACAUGCACGAUGACAAUAGCAACCAGAGCUCAAUAGCUGAUGCUUCUCCAAUAAAACAAGAAAACAGUAAUAAUUCAAGUCCAGCACCAGAACAGAACUUGGCAACACAAGCAGACGGCACUGAAGUAAAGUCUGACGAAACUCAGGCAGAAGCAAAGGAGCAGCCUGGUUCAGAAGAUACCUCUGAUGAACAGAAUUCACAGUCUUCAAUGGAAAAUUCCAUGAAUAGUUCAGAGAAAGCAGAAAUUCAGUCCUCUGGAGAAAAUGAUAUAAUUACAGAGGCAUCUAAAAACUCUCAGGACUCUGAAGGAGUGCCACCUUCUAAAAAGAUGAAAGUAGAGGCUUCCCAACAAAAUGUUGAAGAGAUUUAGACUAUAGAUUUUUCUGGUCAGUUUUUAUGUAAGGUACAUCAGUGGGCUUAAUUAUAGAACAACCUUACUUAAGCAUCUUCUCUUGGAUGAGGACAGAACUCCUAACUUUUCAAGUUACCAAGCAAAAAUCCAAGAAAGCCUAACAAAGGUUUAACUUCUCAGACACUGAAAACUUUUUCCUGUGAAACAAACAUUGAGAACUUUUAAGUUACUGUCUCUGAAAUGGUUGGAGUAAACAACUCAGGAGGGGUCUACGCACUGUUUCUAAAGUCAAAAUUACAAUUAUGUUGCUGCUGUAUUUUUUUUUUUUUUUUUCAUUUCUCUAUUUAACAUUGUAAGAUAUUUAAGGAUGGUACAGGUCAGGUAUUAGCUUUCAUGUGAAGUUCAUUGUUCUGGCGUGAUGUCUGCUUUUGUUUUGUGCCUUGUGUUCUGAAAACAGUGCUAACUUUUAAAAGUUGGUUUGCAACUGUCUCCUUUGUAAAGUGGCCUAUGUUUGUAUAAUGCCAUGUAGUAAGGCUUUUUCUUUUUUUCUUUUUUUUUUUUUUUUUUUUUUUUUUCUUUUUUUGUUCGGGGUUUUUGUUUUGUUUUUAAUUUUUAAAUCCCUGGUGCUUAAACUUUUAAGAAAUACAGAUCAGGAAGCCAUUUUCACUCUUGGAGUCCAAGGAGAAAAAGGAGCUUGAUAUUUUAUUUUAGCAGCUAUAGUGGAGAUCUUUUAUUGAAUGCAUGGCAUUCGCAACUGUAAAUUUGGUCUUCUAAAUACUUAACUUCAUCAGAAGUUAACAUGAUCUGUUUACCAUUUAUAGUCCAGAUCUGAAUAUAUACUAUGACACAGCAGUUAAAAUACUUACGUAUUAGGUCCAGAUCUCUGUACUGGGUACAACUUGCUUUACAGAAAAGUUCCACUAUGUACAUAAAUAGGAUCAAAGGGAUUGAUGCACAGUGAAUUUAUUUUCAAUUGGUCUUUUUUGAUAUCAUGUUUUCACUGAACUGGAUGUCACUGUACUGUUUCUUUACGAGAUGUUUACUUCCGUGUUCCAUGUUAAUACUGUAUUUGGGAUUUCUUUUUUUCUUUCAGCAAGUCUUGUAAACAAGCCUUGUUGUUUCCAUAGUCCCUACAUCAUUGUUGGAAAUGUUCCUUCUUUUUCAAUUAUGUUGAAGUGUGCUCAAUGAUAAACUUGAUUGAAAAGCACAAAGUAUGUGCAACUCCCUUCAAAUUCGUGGCGUGUAGAAGCGCGGAACCAUCGGCAUCGGGUCACAAGGGCCCGAUCUUACAGCAGGCUCUGUACUUCCAGGGUGAGCUCCCAGUUAUAAAUACCUGGUGUCGGCGGGAACCGCUUCUUUCUCACUUCAGUACACGCACACGUGCGCGUACGUCCAUACAUAUUGCUGGAUCGGGCCCUUAGUCUGUCUUCACUUUGUGUGGGAGAUGGAACUUGUAAUUUAAAAUACGAUCUCAUGGCUAUGAAAAUGGUUGCAUAUAGUUUGUAAGCUAGGAACUGUAAAUACUUUUUUAAAUGAAAAAAAAAAAUUGCUUCCAGUUGAUACAUUUUCAUAAUUAGCUCUUCAUUAAGCUUAUUUAUUUCUGAAUUCUCCAAUAGUGAAAAUGGCUUGCGCUUAGACUACUGCAUUGCGUUUGCAAUUACCACUUUAUUAUGAAAAAAAAAAAAA